GGGGAAUACUAUCUCCGCCUAUGUACACAGGCACUUCCCGGUUAGCUGGCAGCUUCCGUGUCGGGUAUAAUGGAGAAGACCGGUUUGUGGGCCUUGCUAGAGCGAGCACCCAUAGAUUGGACGGAACCAUGGCUGAUUGGACUUAUUUUAUUUCACAUACUGUGCAUCAUUAUUACUUGUAUCUCCUUUAAGUUUUACAAGCUACAGAUCUGCCACUUCUUAUUAAUGGUUGUAUUGGUGAGCUGUGCAGAAUAUAUAAAUGAAUUUGCUGCUUCACACUGGAGAGAGUUUUCAAAACAGCAAUAUUUUGAUUCCUCUGGGAUGUUCAUUUCUUUAGUAUUUUCAGCACCUUUAUUGUGUAACUCCAUAAUCAUUGUGGUUCACUGGGUGUAUAAAACUUUGUCAGUGAUGACAGAACUCAAAACCCUACAGAAGAAGCGAAAAGAUGCCAGGGAGAAGCGUCUGAAAAAAGAAUAGACUACCAAAAAUGAGAUGUAUGCGAAGACUUAUAAUCUAACGUCAAAUGUUUGUGUCCUCCCUUGUACUUCAUGGCAGGAAACGGGUCUUAAAGGGAAAACUACAUUUUUCUUUCAUAAUUCAGAUAAAGCAUGCAAUUUUACAAAUUUACUGAUAUCAAAUUUUCUUUAACGUGGUAUUCGGUGUUGAAAAACAGCGCCAUAAGCUCAGGAGCGUGCACGUGUCUGGAGCACUAUAUGGCAGCUAUUUCGAAAGAAUGUUAUCCAUUUACAAAAGCUCUAGUUGACAGCACUAUUUCCUGCCAUGUAGUUCUCCAGGUGCCUACCUAGGUAUCUCAUCAACAAAGAAUGCCAUGGGAACGAAGCAAAUUUGCUAAUAGAAGUAAAUUGGAAACUUUUAAAAAUUGUUUGCUCUGUCUGAUUCACAAAAUAAACAGUUUGUGUUUGAUAUCGCUUUAAAGCAGUGUUUCUCAACCGCGGUCCUCAAGUACCCCCAACAGGCCAUGUUUUCAUUGUAGCUGAACUUGAGCACAGGUGUGAUAAGAUGAUCCGUAACCAUGGUUACUAACCUGCUUCACCCAUCAGCUGAUUAUUUCACCUCUGCUCUCUUUCAGCUAUAAUGAAAACCUGGCCUGUUGGGGUAUUUGAGGACCACGGUUGAGAAGCACUUCUCUAAAGGAACUUUAUUACAUUUUCAGAGUACUAUGCUGAAAUUUAGCUCAUCAGCCUUAGUGUAAGGUUACCAGUCAAAUAAACUGGCAAGAUGUGUUCAGCACAGUGGUAUGUUUAAUGUCCUGGUGGGUAUUCUGUUUUAUAAAGAAGAAAACAAUAAUACUAUUGUUUUUUCAUUUAUUUUUUAAUUUAGCGAUACAGUUUACAUCUUUUAUUAGUUUGACUAUCUUGUUUACCUUUCAAAGUAAAAUUAGUAAACCUCCGUUUUACAAAACAA